GGUGAGGAAGCCCCCCUACCCCAGUUCCUAGUCCAACAGCCUUGGAUUGUCAAAGAAGUCCAUCCCUUUGCAAGUCCACGUUUGUAAGAAAUGGGAACCUGUGCACAUCAGAACAUCCGGCUGUUUUUGCAACCUUUCACGUUUCACGUGUGGCAAGUGAGCUGUCUUCCUCUGUAUCCGAAACUUGGUUCUGAUCCCGUAUUCACCAACUUUUGAUGCUGAUCCCGUUGUUUCCAUGGUGGCUUCAUAAACAGAUAAGGCAGCCUUGUGAAGAAGGCUCCGUCAUGGCUUGGCAGGCUGGGAAUUGGGCCCAGCUCUCAGGAUGAUUGGUCAGAGCAGACUGUUUGCCCGCUGUGGAGUUGGAUUGUUCUUCCGGUCCUGGAGUCUUUGCUUCUCUCAGGCUGCUGAGGGCACGAUGGUCCGAAACAUCCAGAAGGUUCUCUGCGUGGCAGAGAAAAAUGAUGCUGCCAGAGGGAUUGCAGACAUCCUUUCCAACAGCAGGAUGAGGAGGAGAGAAGGGUUUUCCAAGUUCAACAAGAUCUACGAAUGCCAGUAUCAUAUGUUUGGCCAGAAUGUAGCUGUAGUGAUGACUUCUGUUUCUGGACAUUUGCUGACUCAAGACUUUAAGAUUCCGUUUCGAAAAUGGCACAGCUGCAAUCCACUUGUCCUCUUUGAUGCCGAAAUUGAGACGUUCUGCCCUGAAAACUAUAUGGACAUUAAGCGAACACUUGAGCGAGAAGUUCAGCAGUGCCAGGCUCUGGUGAUCUGGACGGAUUGCGAUCGCGAAGGAGAGAACAUCGGCUUCGAGAUCAUUAACGUUUGCAAAGCAGUGAAGCCGAGCCUCCAGGUAUUCCGAGCUCGCUUCUCCGAGAUCACGCCUGGUGCCAUCAGAACUGCCUGUGAGAAUCUCACCCAGCCCAAUCAGAAUAUUAGCGAUGCUGUGGAUGUCAGACAAGAGUUGGAUCUCAGGAUAGGUGCUGCCUUCACCCGAUUCCAGACUUUGAGGUUCCAGAAACUCUUCCCCAACGUUUUAGCAGAACAGCUGAUCAGCUACGGAAGUUGUCAGUUCCCAACACUGGGGUUUGUGGUGGAAAGGUUUAAAGCCAUUCAGGCCUUUGUUCCUGAGUUGUUCUACAAAAUUAAAGUGACCCAUGACCAUGAGGAAGGCACUGUGGACUUCAGCUGGAAGAGGAACCGUCUCUUCAACCACACAGCAUGCCUUGUUCUCUACCAAAUGUGCAUGGAGGAUCCAGUUGCCACAGUUGUGGAGAUCGGAAGCAGACCAAGGAGUAAAUGGAGACCCCUGCCACUAGACACCGUGGAACUUGAGAAGUUGGCUUCCCGUAAGCUGAAAAUAAAUGCCAAAGAAACCAUGAAAAUUGCUGAGAAGCUCUACACUCAGGGGUACAUAAGUUAUCCUCGAACAGAGACCAACAUUUUCCCUAAAGACCUAAACCUCCCCAAUUUGGUGCAGCUUCAAACACAAGACCCUCACUGGGGAGCCUUUGCACAAAGGAUUCUAGACCAGGGUGGGCCGACCCCACGUAGUGGAACUAAAUCAGAUCAGGCUCACCCCCCUAUUCAUCCUACAAAAUACGCGGGUAAUUUGCAGGGGAAUGACCAGCGGCUCUAUGAAUUCAUUGUGCGCCACUUCCUGGCCUGCUGUUCACAAGAUGCGAAGGGACAGGAAACAACCGUGGAGAUUGACAUUGCUAACGAGCGCUUUGUGGCUCAUGGGCUGAUGAUCCUGGCCAGAAAUUACCUAGAUGUCUAUCCUUACGAGAAGUGGAGCGAUAAGGUUAUCCCAGUUUAUGAGAGGGGGUCUCGCUUUCAGCCCACCACAGUGGAGAUGGUGGAUGGGGAGACCAGCCCACCCCAGCUGCUUACAGAAGCUGACCUCAUUUCCCUCAUGGAGAAGCAUGGCAUUGGGACAGAUGCCACCCACGCAGAGCACAUUGAGACCAUCAAGUCCCGCAUGUACGUGGGGCUCACCCCAGAGCAGAGGUUCCUUCCUGGGGAGCUGGGGAUGGGGCUGGUAGAAGGCUACGAUGCCAUGGGCUACGAGAUGUCUAAGCCUGACCUCCGAGCCGAACUGGAAGCUGACCUGAAGCUGAUCUGCGAGGGGAGGAAGGAGAAAUCUCUUGUGCUGAGGGAGCAGAUACAGAAGUAUAAGCGAGUCUUCAUCGAAGCUGUAGAGAAGGCAAAGAAGCUGGAUGAGGCUCUGUCUCAGUAUUUUGGGGAAGUGACCCACGUUGCACAAGAAGAAGAAAUCUACCCAGCAAUGCCGGAUCCUGUUAGGAAAUGUCCACAAUGCAAUAGCGACAUGGUCUUGAAGACCAAGAAGAAUGGAGGGUUUUUCCUCAGCUGCUUGGGCUAUCCCACCUGUAAAUCUGCUGUGUGGUUCCCCGAUUCUGUGCUGGAAGUCAGCAAAGACGACUCCAUCUGCGAAGUGUGCAGACCACAUCCGGUGCACAUGUUGAAGAUGAAGUUCAAGAGGGGCAGCCUCCCUGCCAUAAUGCCCCUGGAGUUCGUUGGCUGCAUCGGAGGCUGCGAUGAAACCCUGAGGGAGAUCCUGGAUCUGAAAUACCUUCAAGGGCCACCGAGACCUUUGCAGACGACCAGCCAAGCAAGCAACCUCUCACAAGCCAACCGUUCCUCUGACCGCACCGACAGCAACCGGAACAGCCACAGGGCACUCCCGAAUGCUCCACAAGGCCCUUCUGCACGGGCCGCCCAAAAUCCUCCCCCUGCGCUUGCCAGUUCUAGUGGGAACAACGCGGUGGUAUGCAACUGUGGGGAGGAGGCUGUGCUGCUCACUGUCCGGAAAGAAGGACCCAACCAAGGCAGGCAGUUCUAUAAAUGCAGCGCUGGCAGCUGCGGCUUCUUCCUGUGGGCCGAUCAGCAACUGGACAGCAGGGACACUGGGAUGCCCAGGGGCUUUGCACCCCCUCCAGGCCCCUUCGGUAGAGGGGAAAGGGGCUCAGGGCGCUCUUGGAGUGAUGGCUCUGACCCUGGAGGAGGAGGAGGUGGGCAAGGAGCUGUGUGCAGGUGCGGCCAGCCUGCUAUCACUAGGACUGUUCAGAAAGAAGGACCCAAUAAAGGACGUCAGUUCCACACCUGCUCCAAGCCAAGGGAACAGCAGUGUGGCUUUUUCCAGUGGGUGGAUGAAAACACGGCACCAGCCCCAGACGCCACCUUUCCUUCAAACCACUUCACGAACAAAGGGAACACGAGAGGCUCAGGAACUAAGGCUAAAAGAUCAGACAGCGAUUCUUCCGCAAAGGCGCCCACUACCAAGAGGCCACGGACUUGCGGGAUUUGCCACCAACCUGGCCAUACCAGGAAGACAUGUCCACAGAAUCACUGAAGCAGCCCAGCCCCCAGAAUUUGACCCAGGACAUCCCUUCAGAAGGAUGAGGGGGAACUCUUACAAUGCAACGAGGAAAUGUUUGCCUGGAAUAUUGGAAGCCUACUUGCAAGCAUGGUUCCUUUUGUGGCCAGGCCUUUGCUCUCUUAGCUGUAAUGCAUUCAAGAGUCAAGACAAUUUUGAGGCGGUAGGAAGUCUUCGCACCAACACCUCUUUAUGCAGCAGCCUACAGAUCUCCCUUUUUAUCUUUCAAUGUCUCCCACCCCCCGUCUGAAAAACAGAAAGCACAAGAGACUCUUAUUUCCUGUCAGUUAUUCUAUAAUCCAUAUAAUCUUUGGAAGGAGCAAACUCUUCUUUACGGAUCUGUGAGCAGAAUUCUUGUGAAGGCAAAGAUAAUUUCGCUUGAACUGCCUGUUUCUUUCCAAUGUCACACACUGGGCUUGAAGAGGUGUGCGGUCCGAGACCUUGUGCCAAACGCACCCUCAAGAAGAGACGUCAGACAAGACUACAGAGCAUAGCUCUACUGUUUUUUUGGGUGGAGGCUGUGGCUGUGAUUUACAAACCCUCAUCUUACUUUUUCAUGGGUCCUGAACUAUGUGUGUUGCUUUUCCAGAGCAAUAGUCAACCAGUACAAAGGUUUUGUGACUAGAAAGAGCUGUCGUGCCUGCUGUUCUUCCCUAGAAAGUGUUACAGGUCAGUGGACUAACAAUGGUGGAGAACGCAACAGCUAUGUUUACUGAACGCCACUAGGUAUGCCACCUGCAUUCUGGGAAGUCCUUUACUUCCUCCAAACGAUGGACAGCAAGCCUUAUAUAAGAGGAAGGAGGAUAUGGGAUGCAGGCAACAUCUCUCCAGCUCACUUUGCUGUCUGGUAAACAUUUCAUUAAAAGCAAGCUGCUUCCUGAUUACCAACUGGUUUGGGUAA